CCAGCUCCCUUCUCUCUAAGGGGUGAGAUUUAUUUCUCCGAAUCCAUUGUCUCCCAUUUGUUCCCUGCAGGACCCAACCUGCUCCCUGCAGGUCUUGCUCCAGAGGAAAUGCUUGUUGGCCUUUGAGCUUAGCACUUCGAUCUUUGGGUUGUCAUCUGGCCUGUGACCUCCUAACUUGGGUGACAGGUAAUUAGUCACAAGGGGGGUAACCCCAGCUCUCUUCAAGGGCCAUCCCAGCCUGGGAUACUGCCCAUUUCCUAGCCCUGCUGUAGCCCCAGGAAGCACGAGGGACUGAAACCCUCUGAGAACAGAGCAGCCUUUCACGACAAGCCACUGCGUUCCCCACAGCUGUCUCCUCUCUGAUUCAGGCUUCACCAGGUACACCCGUCACAACAACAAUAUCAAUGCCCCUCUGCUAUGCUGUAGCAGAUAUCCGGGUCCUCCAGCUCAGUUUCCUGUUGGAGAAGAAAUCAAUGAUAUGGAGCCAGGGUAUUUUCUUAGUGGAGCUUGUUUAUUUAUGCUAUAUACACCAGUCCUGGAACAGAGAUGGUCACAAGCAGCAUGCAAGCAAUCUCCUCUUUCAAGAAUCUCAGCCCAAACACUGAUGCCCAGGUCCCAGGGACGACUCAGUCCUGAGAACUGACUCUAGUUAGAGAGAUUCAGGCAGAGAGCAAACUUUCCUGCAACGAGCAACGGCUGCCCUGAGGCAAACCUGUGUGACAAAAACAAAUAGCAAAAGAGCAUGUCUUCAAAGACUGUACAUUUGCUCCUACACUGAGACAGGGGGAAGAAACUCUGUGUAAGACUGUAUAACAGGGACCCCUGGUGACUCCUGCAAGAACAGUUAUUUCCUUUAAAGCAGAAUAAUCCAUCCCACUGCAACUGCGUUCAGAAGCAUGUAAAUACAUCAUCUGGAAUUUAAACAGGACAGUGGGGUUAAUACACCUCUCCUACUCUAUGGGAUCUUUAAUGACCAAGUGGGCCCGACCUCAGUUUCACAUCUCAUCUGAAAGAUGAGUGAGACACCUUCCUUCAUCCUUCUGAUGUAGAUAAAUUGAGUUCUAUGCAGGUAAGGGCACCUCUUGGGGGAGACCAUAUAUGCUCACUGUCUUUCUGCAUGUACAUUAAAGAUCUGAUGGCAUUUUUGGACAGAGUACAGGCUGGCACAGGUGUCCUUGGCCAAAAGUUCCCUCCCUCCUCCUGAUGUGAGCUAGUCUUCCGGCGGGCUGCUUCCCUGCACCCCAGAGGAGGCUGCAAUCCAGUAGUACCCCAUGAGUAUGGGUUCCUCAGUGCAUUAAGAUCUCUUGGGAAGACAGGCACUACAUAAAUGUAAAAUAUUGUCAUUUUGGGUCCCAUCCCACAGCUUUCACUCCUACUUCAUUCUGGCCAACCGUCCAUUAAGGAUGGCAGGGUAUAGCCUGUUAGGACAGAUUUAUUAUGCAUAGAAAGGGGAGAGUUUGUUUUCCAUAGCAGCUUUCCCAGUCAAAGCAUCCCAGGGCCUGAUCCUCAGCUGGUGUAAAUCAGGGUAGCUCCAUUGACUGCUACAACGUGAUGCUGAUUUACACCAACUGAGGAUCUGGCCCCCAAAGGGCAGUAAGUGAACCAUAGAUGGGGGGGAUACUUUGGGUGUAAUACUGCCAUUGAUUUUUUUUUUAAUAUAUACCUGAUCCAUAAUUGAACAUCUUUCUCUCAGGCCUAAGGGCCAAAUUACAUUCAUCCUUCUGUGGAUACGCAAAGCGGCGUGCCAGGUACCUCCAACCCCAUGCAGGAGGUAGCUGUACUUGGGCUGCGGAUGCUAAAAAGAGCAAAGGAGGGAGGGGCCAGCACUGCCAGGGAGGUGUAUUUGGGACCAUGGGCUGGCCACCACCACCCCACACACCCACCAGCCAGGGGCCUCAAGGGAACAGGAAGUGAGUGCAAAUUGCCCCUUUCCCUCACUUUGUAUUAAGUGCUCUCUGCAUGGCAUAUUACCCCCUUCCUUCUCGGCUCCUACACGAUGACCCCCUGGCUGGGUUCUCAGGAGGAAUUGCACCAAGGAGUUCUGGAGAUAAAAGUACCAUCUGCGCCAUUCAUCGCUUCCCUGCAGAGACAGCAGCGCCAGGUGGACCAUUCUGGAUCUCCCCUCUGGCUGUGGGCUGGAUCCCAGAGCCCAGUACGCUUAAGGGAAAGCCUUCGCUCCCUGAGCUCUGGGGUUACCCUUAGCCCCGCCCCAGAGAGCCUCCAGCAAGCCCCGGCCUCCCACUCAGCCCAAACUGCCAGCAGGCUACGGUGGGGAUCCUACAGACCCGGCUGCACAAUCCUAAAGGCCCAGAGAUGACUAUGUAGGUAAACAUGGCACCAGUAAGCUGCUGAUUUAUAUGGGUCGAUUUGCAGAGGGGCUGGGCACUCACAGUGCCGGUCAGGUCAUGAGCAAAUUGCUCACCCAGGACCUUGGGCACUGGCCUUGGCAAAGGAGUUGUCCCUUAUUCGUUUCCCAAAAGGUGCUGGGGCUCCUUAGCUUCUCCCUGGACAGUCACUAGAAAGCACCCAAAGGAAGGUUUUGAUGGGAGGCCCCAUCCAACAUCUGGCAGUCCAGCUUUCCCCUGGGGGAGUAUUUUCAGCCUAAAGUGCCUGGUGUUGGAUUUCCCAUGGGGUGGGGGGACCCCCACCCGCAAUUCUGGCAGGGGGUCAGCCCAGGCACGUUCUGAACCCUCCUCAAAUUUCCCCUGGCCUGUCACGACAUCUUGAAAAAUACCCUGGGAGGGAUAACGAGCCCUUUGCCUGGCAGGGCGCAGCGAGCCGGGAGGGAGGGCGUGCCAACGGGCAUGGGCUGGCACAUCCCAGGCCGGCACUCCAGGGCAUUAGGGAGAGCAGGAGACUAUCUGCUGACUGUCUCCUGAGAAGGUCACAUUGGGCUGCGUGGAUUUACACCAGCUGAGGAUCUAGCCCAUUCUGUCUGCUCCUGGCAUCUGUUAGUCAGGCUGUGGAUGGAGCUGGCCUGGCAAAGUCGGUGGGUCUGUUUUUAACUCCAGCCUCUGAUCUCCCUGGGCCGGUGCCUCCAGAGAUCUCCGCUGCCUUUUCCCCAGGGAGAGCAUGACAUUCCCACCCCUCCCUGGAGCGUGGCCAGGCUUAAUUCAUGGGGGGUAACGUGUUGGGAGACCCCCAGAUGGUCCCGGGGUGUAAGCCCCCUAGCCGGGUAGAGGUGGACGAGGGUGGGUAGGGGCGGGCUGGACUGAUCAAUACAAGGCGCGCUGAAGGCGGGGCGGGAAGGGUUAACCAGCUCGGAGGAGAGGAGAGAGGGGCUGAGCCUGGAAAGGCAGGAGCCGCGUAUAAAAGCAACAAGCAGCCGACGGCGUUUCAUCAACCCAGCCCCCAAACAGGGCUGUGCCGCCGCCCGCGGGUCUCGGAUCGGCCCCCACCCCAGACGCAGCUGCCACCUGCAGCGCUCCCUCGCUGGCGCCCUGCAGGGAAAGGUGGCGAGCCCAGAGAAGGAGCAACAGAUCUCCCUGCCCCAGCCCCGGGAAGCCAGCGCCUGCUGGGUGAUGCAAGAGGAUACUCUGGGUGUGAGGAAGCUGCAGCUGCCACAGGCCAGCCCAGCGCCCCCCGGAUCGCCUCCUUCCCUCCCUCCCUCCCGCCGAGCCAAAAAGUGACCGUGAGUUGGCAGCCAGCGAGGAACAAGCGGCUCCUGGAUCCCACCCAUCCACGCGAGCGAGCUCGUCUCGGGGCUGAAAAAAAAACAAAAAACCCAACCCCCAGCCUCGGAGACAGAGACAGACAGAGCCCGGGCAAGUCUCCUGGUCCUAGCAAGUGUGUUUACAUCCCCUCCGCCUGCAACUGACCCAGAUCCCAGAGACUCCCAAGCCAGCCCUCGGCUCUCUUCUCUCCCCGAAGCGCGCCUGGAAGGGGAAUCCAGCCCAGCUGGGGGGAGGGCGUGUUUCCCCCCCAGCCUCAAGCCAGGAUCCCGGUGCAGCCGGUGCUGUCUGCUGGGGAGCGGAUUCUAUGGAGUGUCUGACAGCAGAUGAAGGGGGAAUAGAAGAAACCAAAGCCAGCCGUUCUUGUUGGUCCUUAAGCCUGUCUUGGAGGGGAGUAUAAACACAGGGAACCAACUCCUCUAAAUAUAGCCAGGAUCAGGUAUCUACUCCUCUUGUGUAUGAGAGAGAGAGAGAGAGAUCUUCCUGGAGCAUCGCUCUGAAUCAGUUUCCUUCCCGCUCUUCCAAACUUUCAGAUCGAUCUUAAAGCAGAGCAAAGCUCUCCCAUCUUUUCCCAAAGACUCUGAUUUUUGGAUUGAUUGAUUUUUGCCAUCGCCAGCAGAGAGAGGAAGACAGACACUUGCUGCCGCUGUUGAAAUCUCUCUGUCUCUCUCUUCCUCAGAUUUAUUUUUGUGGCUUUCCCAACAGCCACAUCUAUUUGUUCCCCGAAUCGAAGUGCCUUUUGCCGCUACUUUCCAGCUUGCAGCCCGGUGGCACAAGCUUCUGUCACUGUUCUUCUCUUCCCGGUGGGGAUUUCCUCGUUGCGGCUUCCUGGUGUUUGGAGCAAGGGCACCAGGCCUUCGUAUUGCCCCCUUCUUUCUCCCCAAAGCAGCCACCUGCGCCCAGUCUCCUCCUCCAGAGAGAGAUCCAUGAGGCAGCCAAAGGGCAGAGCUGUCUGAGGUUGGGGAGAGAGAAAGCUGAGCUCCCCCCCACAAUCGCCCUUCCGUCCCAGCUCCUUGCUCAAGGAAGGGUGUUUAGAGGGCAUUUCCCAUCCACCUAAAUCUAUGAUCAGCUCGGUGUGUGUCUCAUCGUACCGUGGACGCAAGUCUGGGAACAAACCACCCUCCAAAACAUGCCUGAAGGAAGAGAUGGCCAAAGGGGAAGAGUCGGACAAGAUCACCAUCAACGUAGGGGGCACCAGGCAUGAGACCUACAAGAGCACCUUGCGGACGUUGCCCGGCACCCGCCUGGCUUGGCUGGCCGACCCCGAUGCCCAGAGCAACUUCGACUUCGACGGCAAGAGCAAUGAGUUCUUCUUCGACCGCCACCCGGGCAUCUUCUCCUAUGUGCUCAAUUACUACCGCACGGGCAAGCUGCACUGCCCCGCUGACAUCUGCGGGCCCCUCUUCGAGGAGGAGCUGACCUACUGGGGCAUCGAUGAGACCGACGUGGAGCCCUGCUGCUGGAUGACCUACCGGCAGCACCGGGAUGCCGAGGAGGCGCUGGACAUCUUCGAGAGCCCCGAGCCCGGGGCAGGAGGAGAGGAGGCCGAGGAGGAAGGGGGCAGGGAGAUGGCCCUCCAGCGCUUGGGCAUGGACGACCGGUCGCCGGGGGCUGCUGGGGCCACGGGAGGGCGUGGAUGCUGCCGCAACUGGCAGCCUAGGAUGUGGGCGCUCUUCGAGGAUCCCUACUCGUCCAGGGCAGCAAGGAUAGUUGCCUUCUCCUCGCUCUUCUUCAUCCUGGUCUCCAUCACGACAUUCUGCCUGGAGACUCAUGAGGCCUUUAAUAGAAAUGUCAACGUGACUGAGACGAUGGUGGUUGGCAACACCACAAAGGUUCUGCUGACGAAUAAGGUGGAGACAGAGCCCGUCCUCACCUACAUCGAGGGGGUGUGCGUCCUGUGGUUCACGCUGGAGUUCCUGGUGCGCAUCAUUUGCUGCCCAGAUAAGCUGCUCUUCAUCAAGAACCUGCUCAACAUCAUUGACUUUGUGGCUAUCUUGCCCUUCUACCUGGAGGUAGGCCUCAGUGGCCUGUCCUCCAAGGCUGCCCGGGACGUGCUGGGCUUCCUGAGGGUGGUCCGUUUCGUCCGGAUCCUCCGGAUCUUCAAGCUGACACGGCACUUUGUGGGGCUCCGGGUGCUAGGCCACACACUCCGGGCCAGCACCAAUGAGUUCUUGCUCCUCAUCAUCUUCCUGGCCUUGGGGGUCUUGAUCUUUGCUACAAUGAUCUACUAUGCCGAGCGGAUUGGGGCCAAGCCAUCCGACCCCAGCGGCAGUGGCCACACUCACUUUAAGAACAUCCCCAUUGGGUUCUGGUGGGCGGUGGUCACCAUGACAACAUUGGGCUAUGGUGACAUGUACCCCAAGACCUGGUCGGGCAUGCUGGUGGGGGCGCUGUGUGCCCUGGCCGGGGUACUCACCAUCGCCAUGCCGGUGCCUGUCAUCGUCAACAACUUUGGCAUGUACUACUCACUAGCUAUGGCCAAGCAGAAGCUCCCAAAGAAGAAGAAAAAGCAUAUACCCCGUCCAGCCCCACUGGACUCCCCCACAUACUGCAAGUCCGAGGACAACUCGCCCCGCAACAGCACGCAGAGCGACACCUGCCCCCUGGCAGCGGAGGAGGUGGUGGUGGAGAGAAAGCGAUCAGACUCCAAGCAGAAUGGCGACGCCAACACCGUGCUGUCAGACGAGGAGCAGCCCCUCUCGUCCUCGCAUGAGGAGAAACGGCCGAUGAGGCGCUCCAGCACCAGGGACAAAACCAAGAAAGCGGCCACCUGCUUUCUGCUGAAUGCCGGCGAUUUCCCCUGCGCGGCCGACAGCGGCAUCCGGAAAGGUACAGGACUGUCGAAUCCCCUGUGACUCCCUUGGAAGCUGGGAUUUGCUCAGACCAUUUGCCGGGUCGAAAUGUACCCAGGACGGGCAGGCGAGGGAAGAGGGGGACGAGACCGGAUUCCCCCGCCGCGCUGUAACCUUGCUUGUUGUGCAUGUGUCGUACGACCAUCUGUCUGACGUAUACCAUGGUCCCUGCCCCGCCCCCACUGACGAUGCCAUUCACGACUCCCGUGCUGUCCGUCCCGACGCACCCUCUCGCUCCCCUCCACUUGUUGACUGACCCGUUGGCUGGCGUGAUUGCUGUAGUAACUUAGACGGCGCCCAGAUCUCGCCGCAGACGACCAUCGCGGGGCGUCAGCAGCUCAUCACGGGCGCCCUGUCGCAGGCACCAUCUGUGCUCUCACCGUGUCCAUCCGCCGAGCGGUAGCUGUGGACCAUUAUUUUCAGACUCUGUGACGUUUGCUCCGGCCUCCUCCAAUGUACAGAUUCCUUCUCUAGAAGAGGCAGCUCCUGGGAUUGGUUUGGGACCCAUUGGACGAUGGCUCCGGAGGUGCAUGGGGGUGGGGGGAAGAAGCCCCCAAGAAGUCCAAGUUGCAAUACUAGAGUAGCCAAUGACUGAGUGCAAUAGCAGAGACCAGGUGGACCAGCUGGCCUGAUAUGGCCAGCUUCUUUCUAAUGCUGUUACAUAUCUCCGUGACCAAGGCAAUACUAAUCCCAUUACCUUAUAUGCUGUACACAUGCCUCUUCCUGUCAAGCAGUACUAGAGUUCUAAUAAAGAGAUCUGGGAGCUGAAA